AUGGCCAGCAAAACCAAACCUUCUCAUGAAGAGACCCUUGCAAAAUUGCAGGAUUUCAUCAAUGCUGUUCGUCGACCACCUCCGCCUGAACAAGGUGACGGCCAAUAUGAUAUGCCUCUGACUAGUUCAACGGUCGGUACUGGUAUCAUAGAGGAUAUCAAAAAAUUAGGAUUGAAGGAAUCU